AUGGGAUUUAUCUCUUCGAUUUUGUGUUGUGCUACAAACUCUUCUUCAACGGCGAGCAAAAAGAAUAAUAAAAAUAACAACUACGACAAGAAAAGGCAACCACAAAGUUACGCUUCGAAGAAUACAGUAUCAUCGACAGCAGUAGUAAACACUAAGGAAACACAAGCAGCAAACGGGAGGGCAAGUGACUCUACAGGCACAGGUAGCAACAACAGGCACAAAUAUAAGCAAAAAGACACGAGUACAACAAACGAACAAAUGCCACAUUCGGCAUCGAGAACAAACAGCAGUGCUGUUCAACACCAGAAACAAUCUCCCGAGGGUGUAUCCCGACCAAAACAGGUGAAUGGCGGUUCUCAAUCUGCUAAAUUGAAUGGUGGUAGGGCCAUUGGUAACUCUGAUGGUGAUGCCGAUGAUGAGGAUUACGAAGAGGACUACGAUAUGGAUGAUGUGAAAAGAGACCCGAUAGAAAACAACAGUCAACAAAGUCACAGAGUCGACGAAAAGGAUACGCUGAACGUGUACAACAACGAAACAGACAGGAGCACGGGGAACUCAAGCUCGGACUACCCAGCAAACCACCAGAAACAACGACAACAGAAGCAAGCAGACGCCUCCACACAUGAUCCAAUGCAGGUCGACACGGAUGAUAAAGAAACUCCAAAACUAAUGGUCCAGGGAGCAGAGACCCAGCUGACGUCAGUCCAAUCGCACGAGGCAGAUAAUAACCCAGUGAUAGACCCUAACGUGAUAUACUCAGACGGUGCACCCAAUGACCAAACGACGGACGCGCAGGAUUACAACAUGACACAGCCAUUCGACGAGGUCGACGAGGAUGAAUUUGUAGACCUCACAGUCUUGCAACCAGACCAGUACCACGCGGCAGGGUACUCCACUUUGCUACCACCACCAAGUAAAGCCGUCUCACACCGCAAAUGUCUAGUGCUCGACUUGGAUGAAACGCUGGUACAUUCCUCCUUUAAGUACUUGAAAUCUGCAGAUUUCGUACUACCGGUGGACAUCGACGAUCAAAUACACAACGUCUACGUUAUUAAGAGACCCGGAGUCGACGAGUUUCUAAGAAGAGUGGGGAAACUUUACGAAGUGGUUGUAUUCACGGCAAGUGUGUCCAGGUACGGUGACCCAUUACUCGACAUCCUGGACAAGGACAAAUCCAUCCACCACAGACUUUUCAGGGAGGCCUGCUAUAAUUACGAGGGGAACUACAUCAAGAAUCUGUCACAGAUCGGGAGACCUCUAUCCAAUAUCAUCAUACUGGAUAACUCCCCAGCAUCGUACAUCUUCCACCCACAACAUGCCAUCCCCAUAUCAUCGUGGUUCUCGGACACGCAUGAUAAUGAAUUGCUAGACAUCAUACCUCUACUUGAAGACCUUGCCAUGGAUAACGUGCUGGAUGUCGGGAAAGUGUUGGAUGUCUCGAUAUAG